ACACACAAAAGGACAGCAAGAGCAAAGAGUGGACCGUCGUGCUUCUCUCGCGCGCGCAGUGGAGAGUGGAUUGGACAACCCCAAAUUUAGGACACCCCCUCUCCAUCCCUACCCAGCUUUGCUAGCACUUUGCUCUGAUUCCUCCUCCGCCAUCAUCUUCUUCUCCGCGCGGCGAUCCAUCGACGACCCCCCAGAUGCAUGGAUCGAGUUCGAAUCCCCCACUGAUUGAUGUUGAUGCAUGCGUUGCCUUUUCUGUUUCUUGCUGUUCGUCAUCUUCAAUUCUCCUCCUGGCAGUUGCUAGCUAGCACACAUGGAGCCUUUGCCAGAUAUCUACCCCUUGACAGGCCUGCAGAUUGGGGACAUUCAAUCCUACAUCUCGCGGGCGUUCCUCUACUUCGCCCCGCUCAGUAAGAAGGUGUUCAUCCUCGUGGACAACCAGCCCUGGCUGUCAGCCAAGCAGUCGCGGUCGGCGAGGCUGUGGCAGUUCAUGGUCACCAAGUACAGGAUGUCUCCGUUCGCGAACUCGCGCGCGAAGCAGGUCCCGACGUUGGCCGCGGCGGCGGCCGCCGCCGCCGUCGGGGAGAGCGACGCGAUGCGGCGUUGGUUCGCGGUGGCGGACCUGAGCCGGGCGCUGCACGGGUUCCUGGUGUUCGAGGUGUCGUGGCGCGACGUGCACGGCAUCAACUACCUGAACGAGCUGCUGACGGACACGUCCCUGGCGCUGGAGGCGCGCUACAUGAAGAAGUGGGAGUUCUACAGCGCGGAGCAGGCGGCCGGGUGCACCCACCUCUGGUUCCUCGGCCGCGCCACCGAGGCGCGGGCGCUGCGCGGCUACCUCGCCGCGCUGCACGCGCACUCCGACCCCAGCGAGCAGCUGGAGGAGUGCAGCACCGCGCUGCGCCGGACGUGCUCGUCCUCGUCCCUCAGCGCCGUCUCCGAGGACGACGACGACAUGCCCCGCUACUCCUCGGAGGCCGACUACGUCGGCUCCCCGUCGGCGUCGGCCAGGGCCCGGCGCGCGCGCGCCGAGGCCCCGUUCGUGGCCCCCGCGCAGUACAGCGACACGCUGAUCCUGUUCCGGUUCCGGGACAGCCUGCUGCCGGUGAAGCUGCGGCAGAUCAUCAUGUCGGACAUCCGGCUGCUGACGCUGCUCGAGUCCGGCCUGCCGCCGUGGGUCAUCUUCUUCCAGUCGUACCCGCUGCUGUGCCAGCUGUACCGGCCGUGGAUGCGGCCGCUGGCGCGGAGCCUCUACCUGCUGGCGUCCCUCGUCACGGUGCUCAUCGGCUUCUACGACCUCUACAAGAACGUGCCGCUGCUCAAGUCCGCGGCGGCGCGCAUCUGCGGCCCGCUCUUCGGGUGGAUCGAGACGUGGGACAUGGUGACCCGGAUCCAGUACCUGGGCACCAUCCUCUUCCUCCGCAACCUGCGCAAGUGCCUCCAGAGCCUGCUGGCGCUGCUGCGCGCGGCGCAGGCGGUGCUCCGGGCCGUGGCGGCGCCGCUGGCCGACGCCGCGGCGCCGCUGCUGGCCGCCUGCGCCGAGCUGGGCGGCCUGCUGGCGGAGGGCCUGGCCCCGGCGUGGGCGCUGCUGGUGGACCUGGCGGAGGCGCUGUGGGCGCCCUUCGACCUGCUCCUGGACAGCGUCGCGGGCUGCCUGUGGCCGCUGCUGCAGGUGGCCAUGCUGCCGGCGCGCGCCGCCGCGGCGCUCGCGGGCUGCGCCGGCGCGCUGCUCUCCGCCACCUACAACUUCUCCAAGGACAUCUGGGAGACCAUGAGCAGCAUCUUCGAGCUCAACCACAUGUCGGAGGCGGCGCAGCAGAGCGCCUUCGACAUGUCGCAGAUCAAGACGCUCUGGAACGACCUCUUCUCUCAGAUCUUCCGCGCCCUCAGGGGCAUACUCAAUGGCAUAUCGGUGUUCUUGGCGUCCUGCAAUAGGCACCGGCUCAGCAUCUACAACCAUGCGCAGGCAAGGCUGCGGCACAUGCUCCGGGUCACUAGGCUGGCGCCGAGCUCAUGUCAAUGCAAGCACAAGGGGAGACGCCGUCCGGGGAAGAACAGCGAGGCUGACGCGGCGGUGGAAUGCGAUGUCUGCAAGUGAGCACCAAUAUAUAUAUAUAUAUCAUCUCAGACUUCCAUUCCGUGUACCCAUAUACAUAUAUGCUACAUAUUUAUAAGUGUUAACAUUGUCAAUACACAUCAGAGGAUGCUUUAGUUGCCAUGAUUAA